AUGCCAACGGCUAUAUUACUUGACAUCUCAUUAUCCAUGUCUCGACCCAUACCGAUACCAGACUCAACAGAGAAUAUUACAAGACUUACACUUGCUUCAGCGGCUAUUAAUACAUUUUUAGAUUACUUAAGUGUACAUGCGAAGUUAGAAUAUGUUGCUUUGGUAACAUUUUCAUCUAUGUAUGAAGUGGCUGUACCAUUUACGCGAGACUAUGAAAGCAUUAAAGUGAAAUUGCCUCAAUUAGAGGAAGGUGACAAAACCUGUAUAGAGACCGCACUGCUUGGUGUCAAUCAACUUAUACUUGGGGAAUGGGGUUACCAAACUCUAGUGCAAACAAUUUUGAUCACCGACGGGAGUUGUGGAGUUGGCGCAAUAGGCAGAAAUCGCAUUAUACAAGCUCUACCACUGCCUCCUUCAUUUCCUUCAAAGAUACAUGUUCUUCCAAUCGUAUCACCACAUGACUCAAGUUUACAACAUGCAAUGCCACUUUACCAAAAAAUAGUGGAUUUAGCAGGCAACACAGCUAACAAUUCAACUGGCAGCAUUAAUAGAGGUGCCAUAUAUUGUCCGGACCAACUUUCUAUCUCUGGUGUUGUUUCAACAAUGAAUAAGCUCUGUGAACAACAAUACCAGGAGUUCUGGUGCACACUGAAAUGUGGUCAAUUAGAAACACGAGUCCAGUUAUUCCCUGCGCCACAACCAGCAUCCCAUGAAGGCCUUGCAGCGACAUACACUAUAUCAAACCAGAUACAUGUUAUUGGCUUUUUACAACAACAAGAUUUAGGGACACCGAUAGCAAUAAGUAAACAUCUUAUAAUACCGCAAGCUCAAUCUGGAAACAAUACUACAAACAGAGAGAACUUCGGCUCCAAGACACCGACAAAGGAGGGAUCUAGCACAGAAGGUACAACGACAGAUGAAGAUAUGUCAGAUCCAAGCAAAGUGCCCAAUUUCUGUGUUUUGCUACACGGAGCACUUAAGGUGGAAGGGAUGGCUGCCAUUGUACAGUUAGGACCGGAUUGGUGGGGUACAGUUUCGGCUUGGUGCGAGGCGUCGCGAGCGAGGCGCUCUUGUCUGUUACUAGGCGUACUUCGACCCGGUGCUUCUGCUGCUCCUUGGCUUGGCGCUCUCGAUCAACUUGGACCCGCUGACGAUGCAACCACCACAGAGGCAUUUCCCGUGCGUUCAUGGCGCUCGUACAGCGGCGGCGGGUCAGGAUGCGCGUGGGCCCGACCUCACGCGCUGCUCGCCGACGUACAGAAAGUUCUGCGGCACGCACGCAAACUGCCGGACAAAACGCAACAUCUUUACAAGGAGCUCAACCGUCUACGCCGUGCUGCAAUCUCGCUCGGUUUCUCUGAACUACUUACAUGCGUGGGAAGUGCUCUGGAACGAGAGUGCGCAUCAUUGCCCAGCUCCGCCCCACCAGAGUGCGCAUUACAACUAGCCCACGCCGCUGCCGCACUUAGGGACCCCAGAACUGCGCUAGACAUCAAGCAUACACUACAACCUCUAGCCACAAACUUCACAGUUACGUCUAUGUCCCACUGA